UUAAAGCGCGUCAGCGCCCGUUGCUUUCUGGGAAGAUGGCGGUGCCCUUGGUGCGUGGAGUGGCGAAGAAGGUGGCGCCGAUAUUUUUGUCUCAAUGGGGACUCCUAGGGAUCAGCACGUCAGCCGCUUGUUGUGUAAAGGGGGUCCCUUUAGGGAAGAUGCCCAAUGAGGACAUUGACACGAGUAACCUGGACUCCCUAGAGAAGUACCGCAGUUACCACCGAUACCUGAAGGCGGUCGAAGAGGAGAGCGAGAGGCCUCACUGGUGGAAAACAUACCGGGACUACAUCACUCGGGGAAAAGGGCACACGGACGCCGUGGACAUCGGCUUGCCCUUUUCUCGUGGUGCACGGGGCCGAGAGGUAAAGGAGAGGAGGAAAGUCCUGAAGGAGAACCACAGGAGCAGCGAGAUGGAGCGGGCAGCACGUCGGCGUACAUUGCACGUUCCCCUGCCUGACAUGAAAGCGGAAUGGGAGAAAACGAACGGCCGCUAUCACAUUCGAAGAAUAGCCGAACACUACGGCAUAUACAAAGACCUGCUCCAGGGUGCCCAUUUUCUGCCCCACGUGCCAAUAGAGAUCGAGUACAGUAGUGGGGAGGCGGUGGGCCGGGUGCCCGUGCAUCAUGGGAAUGUUGUCACUCCCACUGAGGCAUGUUCUCCUCCACGUGUGAAUUUUGAAGCAGAAGAAGGAUCGCUGUGGACGUUACUGUUGACUAAUCCCGAUGGCCAUCUCCAAGAUGACGAAUCUGAAUAUCUUCACUGGCUUGUUGGAAAUAUUCCUGGGAACGCAGUGCAGUCUGGAGAAGAAAUAUGUCACUACAUCCCACCAUUCCCUGCUAAAGGAACAGGGUACCAUCGGUUUAUCUUCAUCCUCUUCAAGCAGGACAACCGUAUUGACUUCAAGGAGGACAGCAGGCCCUCGCCGUGUCACAGCCUUCAGAUGCGCACAUUCCAGACUCUGGACUUCUACCGGCGACACCAGGACGCCAUGACGCCAGCGGGACUCGCAUUUUUCCAGUGUCUGUGGGAUGACUCUGUGACCAACACGUUUCAUCAGAUACUCCACAUGAAGGAACCCGUGUUUGAGUACCACCGGCCGCCAGUGUACCACCCUCCACAGAAGAAAUUCCCUCAGGGUCAGCCACUGAGGUAUCUGGACAGAUACAGGAACAGCAGCGAGCCCACCCACACCAUCUACUGAAGCAGAACUUUCUAAUUCGAAGAGGCAUGCCUUGACAAUCCUGUGGAUCUGGAUCAGAGGCAUAACUUCCAUUUUGAAUGUUUUUACAUUCAUAUUUAAUAAAAUUGCAACAUGAAAGAAAUACA